AUGACUUUUCUCACUAGAAUCUCUGCUCAAAAGCUUCACGAAACAGAAUCUUUGAAGUCAAUCAUGGUGGAGCCAAGAUCGAUCUCGGAGAGGAUCGUUCAGAAGCUUUCAUCAAAUGGACACAAGAGAAAACAACAAUACUCAACUAGUAACGGGUCAAAACCAAACCCGUACGUGGAACUAGAAUCAGCGUACAUUGCACAAAUGUGUCUAACAUGGGAAGCUCUAAGUUGGAACUACAAAAACUUUGAGAGGAAAAGAUCAUCCACGCAACGAAUUAGCGGCAACGACAUAGGAUGUCCCGCGGUAAUUGCCGACCAAUUCCGUACGUUUCAUAUUCUUUUACAAAGAUACGUGGAAAACGAGCCUUAUGAACAUGGAAGAAGACCAGAGAUUUAUGCCCGAAUGCGAACUCUUGCUCCCAAAUUGCUUCUUGUUCCUGAAUACCAAGUCGAGGAUAUCAUCAGCUUCGUUCUUGAUGAUAAUGGAGGAAUGCAUAAGAACAUUCAUGAACUUUCUCAAAGCGGAUAA